UUUCUUCUAUCACUUGGGGAAUACCUUGAAUCAUUAUUUGUCCGAACAACUUGCGGCAACUAAACUCGAAAGACCAGUGGCUUGCUUCUUAGUUCAACAAACAUCGUCAAGGCGGACGGCAGCGAUAAAAUUAUGCGGUGUUACAGAAUACAGUUGUUUGUGGUUUGUUCACUUCUUUUCUUCAUUAAUAUUAACGCACAAUUUUUUUUAGAACGAAGAUCGUCAUGUACGACUCCUAACGGCGACAUAGCACGGUGUAUCCCAAUUAGCUCCUGUCCUAUUCUUUACGAUGCUGUCACAACUCGAGAUAAGCAACAGUUAAAGUUUUUGAAAGAAUCACAGUGUGGAUAUGGCCGGGAUCCUUUGGUUUGUUGCGGUCUUCAUAACAAUUAUCGUCUAAACCCUGGCGAUUUUGCCUACGAUGAUGAACCCUUCGGCUGGGGUAACUCCCACCAUAGAAGGAACUCAGGGUCGCAAAACUGGGACAGGGACGAUACUCCAAGCUGGGGCAAUGAAAGAAAAAAUAAUAAUAAUAAUAACGAAUGGAGCACUAAUAACAGGAGAAGAACUACAACUCAAAGAACAAAUUCGGAAGAAUCUGGAUGGGGUAUUAGUGACAGACCAAACAGAAGAACAAGCGGUGAAGAAUCUAGAUGGAGUACUAGUGAUAGACCAAACAGAAGAACAAGCGGUGAAGAAUCUGGAUGGGGUACUACUGACAGACCAAAUAGACGAACAAGCGGUGAAGAUUCGAGCCGUCGUAACAAUAACAGAAGAACGACAACACAACGAACAAAUUCCGAGGAAUCUAGUUUUGAAAGAGAGGAUGACAGAUUCAAUGAUCGAACUAAUUCGGGAUCAAACAGUAAUAGACAAACAAGUCAAGGUUCUGGUAGUACCGAUAAGUCCGAAUGUGGAGUCCAGGAAGUUGAUCGAAUUCUCGACGGGCAGGCCACCGAUUUGCGAGAAUUCCCUUGGAUGGCUUUGUUACAGUACCGCAAAAAGUCCGGAAAUUUGGUAUUUUCCUGUGGCGGAACUCUCAUUUCACCUCGCUACGUUUUAACAGCAGCUCACUGCGUCCGAGGACAAAUCCUUACAAAAAUCGGGCCAUUGGUCAAUGUCAGGCUAGGCGAGUACAACACUGAAACAGAGCGAGACUGUAGUAACCAAAUGGGAUUCGAAAUUUGUAACGAGAAACCAAUAGAUUCAGAGAUUGAUAAAGUGAUACCCCAUCCCGACUACAGCGAUAACAGUGCGGACAGAUACCAUGACAUUGCUUUAAUCAAAUUGAAGCGACAAGUCUCGUACACUGAUUUUAUUAAGCCCAUUUGUUUGCCCGGAAAAUCGGAAAAAACGAGUGUUGGUAAACGGCUAGCGGUAGCUGGAUGGGGCCGAACGGAGUACGCCAGUAAUAGUCCAGUCAAACUAAAACUGUGGGUUCCAGUGGCGGAAACCUCCCAGUGUUCCAGCAAAUUUAAAUCGGCUGGAGUGACUUUAGGGAAUAGACAGUUGUGUGCUGGAGGAGAGCAAGGCAGAGAUUCUUGUAAUGGGGACAGUGGUGGGCCUUUAAUGGCGGUCAGAAAUGCGACAGCCCAAUGGUACAUUGAAGGAAUUGUCUCGUUUGGAGCGAGAUGUGGUAGCGAAGGAUGGCCAGGAAUUUACACACGGGUGUCGGAGUAUCUCGACUGGAUUCAAAACAAUACCAAUUCGAUUUUAAUCUCCAUUGUGCUCGCCUUGCCUCACGAUGAAGGUUGUAUCAAAAUAAAAAAGUGUCCAGCAGCCAUAGAUCAUAUAAAAAAUAUUAAAAAUGAUAAAGCAAGUUUGGAAAUUCUUGAAAAGGCGCAUUGUGGUUUUGAGGGACAGGAACCUAUAGUCAAAUGCACUAGUAUUCCUCGUCUGUCAAGAUGCAUCUACAGUGACAGUCAAGAGCGAGAGAUAAAAAUGUUGACCACGUAUUUGAAUCAGCUCCUAUUACUUAUCCUAGUUUUAUUUCAAACUUAUUCACCUGUGCAAAAUAAUUCUACUGUUGAUCCAAAAGGUUGUGUGUACCUGAACGAUUGUCCUAAAGCUCUAGAACUGAUCCAAAGCCGGCGAAAUGAUCGAAAAGUUAUUGACUUUCUAAGAUCUAUAUCUUGUGGCAAUAGCCUCAGAAAAGACAUGAUAUUAUGUGAAAACAUUUCUUCUUUUACUGCAACUCGCUCAAAAUUUGUAUCAGACAGUGAAUGUGGCACACAAAGCACUUCGGCGAAAAUAACACACGGCAAAAGGGCUCAAAUUGAUGAAUUUCCGUGGCUGGCGUUGUUGAAGUACAAAAAUCGAACAAAUCAUAUUGAAUACAGGUGUCACGGUUCCUUAAUAAGCAGCAAAUAUGUCCUUACGGCAUCACACUGUCUAAGUUAUUCCGACAGACUUAAAUCAAGAUAUGGAGAAUUAUACAGUGUAGUGCUUGGAGAAUAUAACACUAGAACAGUCAGAGACUGCGCCACACCUCCUGAUGACUGCACUGACCCUAUCCAAGAAUUUUCCCCAGAGGCUGUUUUCACUCAUCCAAAAUUUCUUUCAGAAGGUGCAUUAAGUGAUAUUGCUUUAGUACGUCUAAACGGAAGCGCACGCUUUUCCGAUUUUGUUAGACCCAUUUGUCUGCCAACAAAUACUUUUAUCUUAAACGAAAAUGAAACACUUUUGAUAUCCGGGUGGGGCAAAACGGAAAACAGAACAACGAGUGAUGUGAAACUAAAGGGUAAAAUAAAAUAUUUGACUCAGGAUUCCUGUUCUAUGCGUCUUGAUGAUAGUCAAAUUUGUGCCGGUUCUUCAGACGGUACCGAUACAUGCCAGGGGGACUCAGGAGGGCCCCUAAUGGUUCACAGACAAACUAAUGGAGAAAUGCGAUUUUUUCUAGUUGGUGUUGUUUCAUUUGGGAAAGAAUGUGGGUCCGGGUCUGCCGUUUACACAAAUGUAAUGAAAUUUGUUGACUGGAUUGUUGAUAAAAUGUCUUCAGGCUGAUAAUAAAGUUUCUAGUUUCUA